AUACACGGCGCGAGCGCAUGGCGAGCGGAGUCCAUCCGCGGAGCUGCUGCGCGAGAGACUGGGAAGGGAACUGCUUUCGAUUGUUGGCGGGCGCCGCCAUCUUGGUCAGUGAGCCUGCGAGUGGUCUGUACGUCUUCGUGGUGCGGUGUGGCUUCGUUGUGCGUAUUUAGGGCAGGUCGUUUGCCGAACGGGCAUUCCGUGCGCGCGUCUCUCCCCCGCGUGGGCCCCUCGUUAUCCGUUUAACCCGUGAGAUCCGCGCGCGUCCGAGAUGUCUGAACGGGAGGACAACGUUUACAAGGCGAAACUGGCCGAGCAAGCGGAACGCUACGAUGAGAUGGUUGAGGCGAUGAAGAAGGUGGCUUCGCUAGACGUAGAGCUCACUGUUGAAGAGAGGAACCUUCUUUCGGUAGCAUACAAAAAUGUGAUCGGAGCGAGGAGAGCCUCCUGGAGAAUAAUCUCGAGCAUCGAGCAGAAGGAGGAGAACAAGGGUGCCGAGGGAAAACUAGAGAUGAUCCGCCAAUACCGAUCUCAAGUGGAAAAAGAGCUCAGGGAUAUUUGCGCCGACAUCCUCGGCGUCUUGGAUAAGCAUCUGAUACCGUGCGCCUCUACGGGAGAAUCCAAAGUCUUCUAUUAUAAAAUGAAAGGUGAUUACCAUCGUUACUUGGCAGAAUUUGCCAUCGGUAACGACAGAAAGGAAGCGGCGGAGAACUCCCUGGUGGCGUACAAAGCAGCGAGCGAUAUCGCCAUGACGGAGCUACCGCCAACCCAUCCCAUUCGUCUGGGAUUAGCGCUCAACUUCUCCGUGUUCUAUUACGAGAUCCUCAACAGCCCUGACAGAGCGUGCCGCCUGGCGAAGGCGGCCUUCGACGACGCGAUCGCCGAACUGGACACGCUGUCUGAGGAGAGCUACAAAGAUUCCACCCUCAUAAUGCAACUCCUCAGGGACAACCUCACCCUAUGGACGUCGGAUAUGCAGGGAGAUGGCGAAGCUGAACAAAAGGAGCAGCUGCAGGAUGUGGAAGACCAGGACGUAUCGUAACUCUAGCUGUAGUGAGUGUUAUCUUGCGCAUAUAAAACUGAGACACAAGAAAAAACUCUUAAAUAACUCGUAAGCAAAAGAAAAAAAACCAAUUCAGCAGGUGGCAGUUCGGGGUGGGAAGGGGAGAUCUUUAGAAAUUUGCGUGACCCUUAAAAAUAAUAAAGCACGCACCGUACGGUUACUUCAAAACAAAGCAGCAGCAGCAAUGGCAACAAAAUACAAGAGCAACAGAAUUAAUAAUAAAUAAAUUCAUUCAGUUUAUUCGGCAUUAUAUUACAUACACACACACAUACACACAUGAAAAAAAAUAUAUAUAUAUACGAUUGAGUUGAGAGCACAGCAGAAAGUAACGAAACAAAAGGACACGCACCCCUGCGGUAAAUAGAGAGACUGCAAAGCA